AUUGCACCGAGGAGGAGAAAUAUAAUAAUAAUUAUUGUUAACACUACCUAUUUUUCUUCCUUGUCGUGUUCGUCGCCGCCGCUCGCUACACCACACGUACAGUGUAGAUUAGUGACAACAAUGAUUUCCGUACAAGUAGUUUUAACUUGAGUUUUUCCACUUUUCUCGAUUUAGUACGUUGCAUUUUUAGUAGUAAUCGUCUCGUCGGUCGUCUUCUACGCCUACCGUUAUUUACAUAUUAUACACAAUAAUAUCAACCGUUCUACACCGACCGUGAUACCUAUUUAUUUUUCUUUCUUUCAUUACCACCCGACUACUACUGUUAUCGGUCGCCGUCGUCGUUAUCGUGGUCGUGGUUCGUCGUCGUCGUACAUCACACACGAAUGUAUCACCGUUGUCGCCGCCGUCGUUUGUGAAGUCCCGAGUUCGAGUGCAAUAAUAAUUAUUUAAUAAUAAUAUUUUCUAGAAUCCCAUUUUGUGUACCGAUACGGAUCUGGGUGUUUUCACACCGAGUGACCAUCGUUUAUCGCGGCCAUCGAUCAUGAUCGCGACGGGCGAAUCUUACAUUGGCGAAUCUUCCGCGUGAGUAGUGUGCGGUGUCUGAUGUGCGAUUUGGCGUCUGGGUUGGUUUCGUACACGGCCGACCGACCGCUGCAGCUAUGAGUAUUACGGUGACCACCAUCAACCCCGUAGCGACGGCCACCAUCAAGGAGAUGCCGUUGUCCCGGAAUCGGCCGCCACACAUCCUGUUGUCCAACGGCGGCAGCAACGGCACGUCGAGCACGUCCAACGAUUCGUGUGUGUCGCAGUCGGACGAUCAUCUGCCGUCGUUGCUCAAUUAUUCGCAGAUGCUCGAAAAGACCAGCGGCAGCAAAUCGACGGUCAAAAAGAACGGUAUGAGCUCCAAACAGCACGUCAUGUGCGGUAACGGCGGUUCGCUCGAGGUUUUUGCCGACAAAAUGUCGAAACCCAACAACGGUUGUGUAGAUUUACUGUAUAUGGUGGACAAAAAUGCCGGUGGUGUCAAAGACGUGCACAAUAACUCCAUCGGCAAAACGACCGCUUGCCUACAGCCAACACUGCCACCCCCCAACCUUGUCAACGGCAACAAGGACGACUCUGCAGCGCUCGUGCAGAGCGUCAUCAAGAAGAGCCCUCGGCUGAUGAACAAACCGAAAAAGAAAGGGUUCACGCCCGACUAUGUGUGUAGCAAGUACAGUGGCAGCCUAAGCAAAUUUGAAAAAAUGGAAAUCUACAGUUUUCCUGAGAUUUACUUUUUCGGCAUUGAAGCCGAGAAAAAAACCGGCCCCGUCAACGGUCCGCAUUCAAUCUAUGACAACGAUCAAGGUGGCUAUGUGUUCGUCCAGCAUGACCACGUGGGCUACCGAUACGAGUUGCUCAAGGUGAUUGGCAAGGGCAGUUUUGGCCAGGUGGUGAAGGCGUAUGACCACAAGCUCAACGAAUAUGUGGCGCUCAAAAUUGUUAGAAACGAAAAACGUUUUUACCGACAAGCACAGGAGGAGAUCCGAAUACUCGAACACUUGCGCAAGCAAGACGUCAAUAACUUGAUGAACAUUAUACACAUGUUCGACAGCUUCACGUUCAGAAAACACAUGUGUAUCACAUUCGAACUGCUAUCUAUCAACCUGUACGAACUGAUCAAAAAGAAUAAGUACCAAGGAUUUAGUCUGCAACUAGUGCGAAAAUUUAGCCAUUCACUGUUGAUAUGUCUCGACGCUUUGUACCGUAACAAAAUUAUUCACUGUGAUAUGAAACCAGAAAAUGUUCUGUUGAAACAACACGGCCGUAGUGGAAUCAAGGUGAUCGAUUUCGGUUCGAGCUGUUUUGAAAACCAACGGGUGUACACGUACAUCCAGAGCCGUUUCUAUCGGGCACCUGAGGUGAUCCUGGGAGCUAAGUAUGGAUUGCCCAUCGACAUGUGGAGUCUGGGCUGUAUUCUCGUUGAGUUGCUGACCGGGUUCCCGUUGUUCCCGGGUGAAGAUGAAACCGACCAGCUGGCGUGCAUCAUUGAACUGCUGGGCAUGCCACCGAAGAAGCUGUUGGACGCGUCCAAGCGCGCCAGCUACUUCAUAAGCUCGCGAGGGUACCCACGGUACUGUACACAGACAACGCUACCGGAUGGCACGACUGUGCUCAAGGGUAGCGUAUCGCGCAAAGGAAAGCCCCGGGGACCGCCAGAUUCGAAAUACUUGUCCAAAGCUCUGAAAGGCUGCGACGACCCGCUGUUUGUGGAUUUUAUCUCUCAGUGCCUGGAAUGGGACCCAGACCGCCGGAUCACGCCGGCUAUGGCCCUGCGACACGGCUGGUUGCGCCGUAGACUGCCCCGUCCGCCAGCCACCGAACACCAGCACCAGCAACACCAUUACUCGCAGGAGAGCACCCCGACCAGUUUGCGUGUCAAACUAUCCGAGUCCAAUUUACACCAUCAAACAUUAACGUCGUUGCCCAUGCAUUCCAGGAACUCUCAGAUAUCAACGGGCAAGCUUCCACAAAUCACCACAUCGACGUGCAUAAUGUAGACUUGACGUCUGACGAUCUACACGAGACACAACUUUUAUUCUUAAAUAUCGUUGUAUAUUUUCGUUCGAACCUCCUACCCCUCCCCAUAUGGUUGUAAUAUUCCUGAUGAUGAUAGAAGGUAUUCAUAAAUGUUUUUUUUUUUUUUUAGAUUUGUACAUAGAUAGAUAGGUAGGUUUACUUGACUUUGUGAAUUAUUAUUAAUAUUAUCAUCAUUAUUAUAAGUAUUAUAUAUAUCUAUAUAUAUAAUAGGUAUUUACCGAUUUUAGGAUCUCUCUAAGUCGGCAUCAUAUUACGUUAUGUUUGUCUCAACUAUAUUUUAAGAUGUGUUUUUUUCCCAUUCAUUUUGUACUCUGUUAAUAUUGCGGAAAUCUGAAUAUUAUUAUGUUAUCUCGUCGUAACCGUAGAACAGUAGUGGCCUAUACUCGUACCACUGGCUGCUGCAUGCAAAAAUGAUUUUAUUGUAAUUUAUAUAUUAAUUGUAUUUUAUAACAUAAUAAUUAUUGUUGUCUAGAUAAUGAGGUAUCGAGAGAGAUUUAUUAUUAUUUGUAACCGAUGAUGAGGUUUUAAAUUAGAAACAAGCGACUAUUCUCGUCAUAUUCUACUUCAACUCGUAUAGUCUAAUCCCAUAUUAUUAUAUCUUGUAUUUUUAACGCUUUAUAAAAAAAUAUGAAUAGUCUAAAUAACUGCCUAUUGUUUUUACACUAUUAUAGUUAGAAAAAAUGUUUUAUUAUUACAAUUUUUUUUAUUAUUAUUAUUAUAAAUGACAUGCUUUUAUAAAAAAAAUUAAAACUAUAUUAUAUAAUGUAAUUUUUGAAAGAAAAAAAAAAUUAUUAGCCAUUACCCUCAGAUUUGCCUCUCUCUCCGAUUACACUAAAUAAAACAAAUUCUUCUCCCGCUAAAUUUUUUAAUCGGUCACGUCGACCUUACGGUAAUUAAAUGUAUUGUAAAAUGGUUAACACGCCUUUCUUUUUAUAUUUUGUUAUCUUAUCAAUAAUAAUAAUUACUGUCAUGAUCACUGACCAUUGUCGAUUUAAAGUCAAUUAUUAAAGAUUUUACACGGCGGCAAUGACCAAUUUUAUUUUUUUUAUAUAUAUAUAUAUGAUAUAAUUUUAUUAACUUAUCAUACUAUAUAUGUGUAUCUGACAUUUUUGUUUCCUAAAUGUGAAUUAUUUAUAUAUAUACAUAAUAUAGGUGUAAUAAAACGUGAUUUAUCUUAUACUUAAUAAUGUAAGGCCGUGUGAACACGCUUUAUUCUUGUCGUUUAACAUAACUAUAGUAUAUGUAUUGCCGGCUGGUACGUUAAUUGAUAAUAUAGUAUUUAGUUAUAAUUUAUAAUACGAAACAAGAAAUAAGAUAGUUUGUACCGCCAAUACUCGGAUAUACUAUGUAUCGCGUACUUACUGAUCGGUAAUUAUUCAACAUCAUUGAGUCAUAAUUAUAACAGCGGCUGUGUUUGAAUUAUGAUUUAAAAAUUGUGAUUUAUUAUUAUAUAUAAUUCUUUUUUCUCUCUCUUAACAAUUGAUCAUGGCCGAAUCAAUCAAACGUGAUAUUAUAAUGACCAUCACUACCACUACCAGUGUAUUGUAUUUUAUUGUAUAUUAUUAACUUUUUUUUUAGAUGUCUACAAACAUCUAAAGCAUAUCUAUGUGGAUACACGUGCAUUUCUAUAACUAUGUGUGUAAUAAUAAUAUUUUAUUUUUAAGGUCUAGCGAUUAUCUUUUUUGUAGAGGUUUUUACGCCGACAUAAAUUUUAAGUGAUUAGCGCGAAUCUACAGCUGCUGUUUGUACUGAUAUAAUAUUAAUAAAUUAAAAUAAAUUGAA